AUGGCUGUAUUGCGCCCCUUGGUCACGUUUUUCGUGGCGAUUUGCAUCUUCAAUUUUCAUGCCGAUGGCUUCCCUCUUGUGUCCAGGGAGAUCCAUGCAGAGCUGGCAGGAGACCAGAAGAGGAGCUUUUCCAUCAAGGAUAACAAGUUUUACAAAGAUGGUCAGCCAUUCCAGAUAUUUGCUGGGGAACUGCAUUACUUUCGAAUCCCAAAAGCGUACUGGCGCGAUCGAAUGCAGCGAGUCAAGGCCUUGGGCUUUAAUGCGAUCCAGACUUAUGUUGCUUGGAAUUUUCACGAGAGUAAGAAGCGACAGUACAGAUUCUCGGGGUCACACAAUGUUGAAGAGUUCAUGGCCUUGGCCCACGAGCUGGGUGCUGAAUGGGAAUUCGGAGGAUUCCCUUCUUGGCUCUUGAAGAAUCAAGAGCUCGUCCUGCGGACCUACGAGCCAAAUUACAUCCAGGAGGUGGAGAUUUGGUUUCGGAGAUUUCUAUACCAGCACGGUGGUCCAGUCAUCAUGAUUCAGAUUGAAAACGAGUUCGGAAGCUAUGGAGAUGUCUCGAAGAUCGCAGCUGAUCGAAAGUAUCUCAAUCAUCUGAUCCACCUCUGCAGAAGCCUUCUUGGACCGCAGGUCUUCGCUCCACACUCCAGUUGUCUUGCAAGCAGUGACCACGUGCUCCAGGUCAUCUUGUACACGACAGACUUCGGGGACAUCAACAGCAUGCGACGAGGAUCGUUGAAUGGAAGUGUCGUCCUCAGCGCUGGCGACUUCGGCCCCAGUGGCAACGUGACAGAGGCUAUGCUUGCUCAGCUGGAGAUGAACCCAAAAGGUUUAGCACCCCUGUUCUGCUCAGAAUACUAUCCAGGUUGGUACAGCGUUUGGGGUCAAGCGAACGUCUCCCGUACCUCUACAAGGGCAGCGGUCACUACACUCAGGACCAUGAUAGAGCAAGGGUUCUCUUUCAGUAUGUACAUGGUGCACGGAGGGACAAAUUUCGGUUUCUGGAGCGGAGCAAACAUUCUAGACAACUCACGUCCGUAUCAGUAUGCGUCCAUCAUCACAUCCUACGACUACUCAUCUCCGAUAUCUGAGUGUGGGGAGCAUGGGGUGGGCUCGGACAACCUGGACAAGUUUGAAGCGCUCCAGUCUCUGCUGCGGAACUUUUCUCGAACGCCUCUUCCUCCUGAGCCGCCUGCAAUCCCUCUUGUGGACCUGGGCACCGUGCAGCUGCCGUGGAAAUCGUCCCUUUGGGAUGUCCUGGACAAGGUCUCCGGCAUUGCAGUCUCAUCCCAGAGGCCUCUCCCCUUUGAGCUGAUCAAUGCCGACUACGGAUUUGUCCUCUACAGCCGCCCUGGGAUCUCCUUGAACAGCAGGGAGAACGGAGAGAAGAAUCUGACCGUCGGGAGAGUCAAGGACAGAGCUCAGGUCUUCAUGGAUCGCGAGUUUGCUGCCGUCAUGUCGCGGCACGAGGAGGGCCCGAGUGUUGCCUCGCUCCUCGUGGGGCCUGACCAAGGCAUCAAGCAGCUCGACAUCCUGGUAGAGAACCUCGGAAGGGUCAACUACGGACAGUUCCUCACAGAUUCCAAGGGCUUGUUUGGACCAGUGUUCUUCGGCGAUGAUGAAAUCGAAGGCGAUUGGCUCAACCUCCCCCUCGUGUUGGACCCUUUCCCGCUGGAAGCUCUGCGCGCCGCCCUCAGAUCAAGAGGCGCCGGCGGCAAAGAACGCGAGCGAGCUCCCUUGUUUCUGAUGGGCGAGUUCAAAUUGCGCCCAGAUCAGAUUGGUGACACCUUCAUCUCAACCCGUAAGCUCGGCAAGGGGUACCUCUGGCUCAACGGCAUCAACCUAGGGAUGUACUGGGAGGAGAUGGGCCCUCAGCACGACCUGUAUGUGCCGGCAAGCUUCCUCAAGCAAGGGGUCAAUGACGUCAUCGCACUUGAACUCGAGCUCAGCUUUGAGAAUUACCGAGGCUCAGUGCGAGUUGCUCCUGAGAUCCUCCUUCGCCCUAAGCCGCCUACCGUCGGGAGUCGCACUAGCUCGGCCUAG